CAGGAGCCGGCUGGGCUGCCCACAGCUCUGCCUCUGCCUGUUUAUUUGGGCAGCCACGGAGGUGGGGCUGAGCUCUUCCCCCUCAGUCAGCAUUCCAGGAUACGGGAGAGCGAGUGCUAGAGGUAGUGAGUAACGGGACCAGCUUCAGCCCUCACUGGGAUAAGAUGGGGAGGAAGCUGGAUCUCUCCAAGCUAACCGAUGAAGAGGCCAAGCAUGUUUGGGAAGUCGUUCAACGGGACUUUGAUCUGCGGAAGAAAGAGGAGGAACGUCUGGAGGACCUGAAAUGCAAAAUCGACCAGGAGAGCAGCAAGAGAGAGUUCCUGACCAAUCAGUCCCAUCUCAAUGAAACGCACUGUGUCCACUGCCUCCAGCCCUUUAAGUUCCUGCUGAACAGCAAGCGGCAGUGCCUGGACUGCCAGUUCUACACCUGCAAGAACUGCAGCCGCUACAACAAGAAGGAGCAAGGCUGGGUCUGUGAUCCCUGCCGCCUCUCCAGGAUUGUGAAGAUUGGUUCCCUGGAGUGGUACUACGAGCAUGUGCGAUCCCGAUUCAAGAGGUUUGGAAGUGCCAAAGUGCUGCAGUCCCUCUACGGCAGACUGCAGCCAGGUCAGGGGGUGAGCUCUGCAUUUCUAGGUCUUCAUGACAGAGUUUACAGCCUGCCAGACAUUAACAGUGAGUGCCAGCUGCUUACCAGUGCUGACAUUAGGGACAACAGUGAUGAUGACGACAUCCUUCAUGGAGCUGAAGCAGAGUGCUACAGCAGAAUGCGCAAGACAAAGCGCCUGCUGUCUGUCCAUCCCUUUGAUUUUGAACUGGACUCGGAGUACUCUGCUCAGUCUCGACGCCAGUCUGUGCAGCUCUCUCCAGCAGCCAGCAGCCCGGAUGCUUUCCAGUCCUUCCCAGAUUUCCCCAACUCAGCCGAAGAUGCCUCUGAGGAGUGCAGGAUGGCAGACACAGAUCUGGUCUUCCACCACAUCUUGCAGGAACAGGGGCCAAGUGUGAGCCCUCCGGAGCAGCACUUCAGCACAGAGGUUCGGCUCACCGUCAAUUCACAGAGAAGGAGCCUGGAGAGAAAUGCAAAACCUGGCAGUCCCUGGAAUGAGCAGCCGCAGUCACGGUACUCUGCAGAUAUGGACACCUCCGAUGAGGACGUGAAGGGAGUCCAGUUCUUGGCCUACCCUCCCCAUCACACAAAAUGUGGGAACAGAGCCUCCUUCCAGGAGAAUAUCAGCCAGUCUGGGAAUCAGUCUCCUGCCCCAGAGUCCCAGUUUGAUCCCAAUGCUGAGGAGGAGAAGCUGAAGAGGAAGCUGGAGGAGUUAGCCAGCAACAUCAGUGACAAAGAAGUCACUUCUGAGGAAGAGGAGCGUGAAGAAGAGAAAAGAGAAAAGAAACCAGAGACACAUUACUCAAGAGAUGACAUAGCCAGAGAUGCUCAAAAGAGGUCAUCAGCUCAGGCUUUGAGUGAAAUCACAACCAAAGUCCUGAGAGCUGUAAAUGCCACGGAGAAAGCAGUAUGGGAGUCGUUGCAUGGAGAAAGUCAGUGCAAUGGAGGCUGUGCCCUCCCCACAGGGCAGCUUCCCAGCCCAGGAGACAGGAAAGAGGUGGCCGAAGAGUACCGUGAGCUUGAAGAAAACGUGUACCUGACUGCUGGGAAGACCUACUGGCUUGAGAAGACCCUGAAGGAUCUUGAGGAAGGGGCUCUGCACAGUGGCACUACUGACUCGGAGCUGUCAGAGCUGGAGGACAAAGUGGCCUCAGCAGCUGCUCAGGUGCAGCAGGCAGAGACCGAGAUAUCAGACAUUGAAUCUCGAAUUGCAGCACUCUCCGCUGCGGGGCUGACAGUAAAGCCAGUGGAAAAGGCGAGGAAGAAGUCAAGUGGGCAGGCUGCCUGUCUCUCCUCUCCCGAUCCCACCAACAGCAGUCCAGGGGAGACUUCAGAUGACAUUAAAGCAAUGCCCAGGCUGCAGGCCUUCAGGAGGAAGUUCAACAGUCCCCUGGAGAUCACCAGUCCUGAUGACUCCUUUGACCGCAACUCUGUUUACCGUGGCUCCCUGACACAGAGAAACCCCAAUGGGAAGAACAGGAGGGUGGAGAGGCUCUUCGCGAAGCCUGUGAUGACCCACCUAUCCUGAGGAGAGAGGGAUCCUCCUGUCACCACAUUUCACUGACAAUAUAAGCCUCGCUGCCUUUCCCUAAUGCUUGCUCUUCCUUCUCCCAUGCCCAUGUCUCCCUGAAACCCUGGAAAGGAGGGAAGCUGGAGGCCAUGGGCAGGAGAUCUUGCUGGGAGCUACUGGGAAGAGGAGCAAGGCAUUGGAAUCCAGAUACAUGGCCAGGGACACUCAUAGGAGGAUGCAGGCAUGAGACCUUGGCUUUGGGUAGCUCUUUGGUACCAGGUCAACCAAGGGGGCCAGAGAGGUGCAGACCAGUAGCAACCUCCUUGGAGGGAGCUGGAUGUCAGUGUGGCUUUCCAGUAUGGGGACCAGGGACAGUGACACAGCCCUCACUGGGCAAAAGCUGUCAAUGCCUUUCCCUGCUCACUCCCAGCCUGGUGCUGAGCAGGGACAGGACCUGCCAAGGUGCCAUUAGGCUGCCCCAAGUAGAGCAGGGACCCAGGCAUCCCAGUGUGAGAUUCACAUCUCAGAACUAGUCCUGACUCCCUGUGAUGUCCCUUGGAGCAUUGCUUCAUUUCCCCAAGCAGCAAAGCAGGGUGAGAACAGUGCUUGUCUCUCUCACUUAGCCAACAGAUCUUUUCACAAAGCCAUUCAAACACCUGCUGAGGCUUCUUGCCACUAUGCCUGAAGCAGUUGUGACCAUCUAGGGACAUGAGGCAAGGCUUGCAGGCAGCAGUGACAAGAAAAGUGGUUGGAGGUCUUGUUGGAGAUCAGUUUGUUUUUCCAACUUUCCAAGAUAUCCUCUCUCCAUGUGAGGCAGUAUCAGCAAGCUUAGAAGGACUUCAGCAAGCAGAGCAUCAGUGCUUCUCUGGAGGCUUUCCCCACUCUGUAGAGGGGUCAGGCUGUGCCAAGGGGCACUUUGUGGAUGAGUAUGUCCUGUGUUCCUGAUGAUGGGAUUUUAGAACCUGGUCAGAUCAUCCAAUGCUUUGGAGGGGCUGUGAUGGCCUUUGAGAGCUAUGGUGGCCCUAGGCUCCUGCCAGGUAACAGCAGCAUCGGUAAUUCCCUCCUCUAUAUACCAAAAAUUGUUGGUUUUCUUCCAACAUUUAAUUCUUCACAUCUGCUAACUCCAGUGGAUCAGUGCCUGGCAUGAGUGUCCUGCGCCCAGGACACUGGGAUGGGGAGCCUGUUGCUUUCUCUUGCAGAUCACUUUGGAGGAGAUUCAUGUUAAAAAAUUUUUGCUUGGUACCUGCUAAUCCUUGUCCUUUAUAACCCCCACCUCCCUCCCUCUGCAGCAGGCAAUGUGGGGAGGAUCUCUCACAGCCAGAGUGGGGACGUCAGAUCAAUGCUGGCAGUUUCCCAUUGAUGGCCCCUUAAGCUGGAUCAUUUUAGGCCCUUCCUGUACAUCUGAACUAAAACCAUAAAUUCUCAUGUAACAUAUAUGUUUGGCUUUGGUAGUAGUAGAGUGCUAACUGCCUAGAAAUUGGUCCUGCAGCCAUCCCAGAACAGUCUUCUAAGUCCAUAGUCUAGGCUUUCCCAGCUGGAAACAAAACCAGUUUCUUAUUUUAAAAUCAAAUCCUUCUGGUCUGAUUUCCAAAAGGGUAAGUGCAAACCUCUGCUGUUGUAGGAACUCUCCUGGACACUGCAACAUUGCUAGGUGCAUCUCUUGCUACUCAGCUGGCUUUAGUGUCAGGAUGGUAGCUCCUUGGCUGGCAGAAAGGAGCUCCACCAAGAUUUAGUCAAGGCUAUUGGUUUGCACCCACCCUUCUGGUGUCAGGGUUCAGCCCUCACCCCAGACACGUCUCUUGCUGUAUCUGGUUUCAGCUGUAACUCCAGUCCUCCCAUGCAACAGCUCAGAUGCUUGGCCCUGCAAAGAAGCCUUUGCAGUGAGCCUCAGCAGUGCAAACUAAGGUGCCAUUCAGGCUGCAGUCACUCACAUUGUUAUUUCCAGAUUUCCUGCCCCAUCUGCUUGUGUGGAGAUUAUAUAUAUGUAUGUACACUAAAUUGUGCA